AUGGCCAAUCUGUUCUAUAUCUCAAAAAAAAUAAAAAUGGUAAACACAAUCUUGAAUAUGACCGCUCUUCCCUUGACGUUUAUAGCAAUGUGUUUUUUGUUGCCGCCAUUUGUGUUUGUGAAGUUAAUAAUGUCCAUCUUCUCUUCGUUCUUACCCGAAGAUGUCGCAGGAAAAGUAGUCCUCAUCACUGGCGCUUCCUCUGGCAUUGGCGAGCAUAUUGCAUACGAGUAUGCCAGGAGAGGAGCCCGUUUGGCCCUUGUUGCCAGAAGGAAACAUCUUCUCCAAAAUGUAGCUGAUAUCUGUAAUCAGCUUGGCGCACCUGAUGUCAUUGUCAUCCCUGCUGAUGUUAGCAAAGUGGAGGAUUGUCGGCAUUUUACCACCGAAACAGUGAAUCAUUUUGGCAGACUGGACCAUUUGGUUUGCAAUGCUGGAAUUGCCACAAUAUGCAUGCUUGAAGAAUUCACUCCUGUAACCAAUGCUGCACCAGUGAUGGAAACUAACUUCUGGGGCUCAGUUUACAGCACCCACUUUGCAGUCCCACAUCUCAGAAAAAGCAUGGGCAAAAUAAUAGUCAUUGCCUCUGCUGCAUCAUGGUUACCUGUACCACGACUUGCUUUCUACUCCGCAAGUAAAGCAGCACUAGUGAUCUUUUUCGAGACACUGAGGGUCGAGCUUGGAAGAGACAUCGGGAUCACAAUAGUAACACCAGGGCUAACUGAAUCAGAAUUGACCAAAGGAAAGUUCCUUUCAAAAGAAGGCAAAAUGGUAUUGGAUCAAGAGAUAAGAGAUGUAGAAGUAAGUGUAGUCCCAGUACAGCCAGUGGAGAAAUGUGCAAAGGACACUGUGGAUAGUGCUUGCUGUGGUGCCAAGUAUUUGACAGUGCCAUCAUGGUUGAGGGCAACAAUCCUAUGGAAAAUAUUUGUACCUGAGGCAAUCGAGUGGUGCAACCGCAUUCUGCUUGUAACCGGACCUGAGACGCCACCAACGGAAGCACUUAGUAAGAAAAUCCUAGAUCUCACUGGACUUCAAAAAACCUUGUACCCACCUUCAAUCCAAUAAUCCAUGACCAUAACAAGUUCAUAUGUAAUAUAUAUGAGACAAGAUUUUAGGGAUAUGUUUUCUUUACAUAUAAACAAUAUCUAUUAUCAAGUGUUUUAGUU